AGUGAAGGAAACUUCACACAUAAUAUCUGAGACAUGGUUGGCUGGAAGAUUUGUUUUUUGUUUUUUGCUCUUUUCAAUGCAUAAGCGGACAUCACUGCUUAAUAUGACCAUAAUAUAGGAAAUGGGACAGCUUUGGUGUGCUUGAUUAGAAAUGAAUGUUAGCAAUAUCAGAGAGAGCUAGAGACAGCAAUCAAGCCUGUAUCUAAGAAUAAAAAUCUGCAACACAAGGAUUCAUGAAGUGACGACAGAAAUCUUAACUGGCCAGGAGAAAAAAACACUUCACAAAAUCAUAUUUGAGGAAGGAAGAGUGUGGAUUUGCAGUUUAUAUCUCAACCUGAGUUCACAGGUACAGGUCAGUGUAGCAGAGAAAAGCAUCACCAGGUUAUCCAUUAAUUUAAGUUUCAGCACACUCCCAUUCUACAGAAGGAGGGAGGUAAAACCACUAAAUCACCCUGGCAAGUGUUUUCACCAAACUUCCUGCUGGUUGGAUAUCUCAUAAAGAACAGAAUCUGCACCUCUGACUCAGAGACGGGAGGGUCGCACAGAGGAUGAAACGGGAGUGCUGAACAUCACGAAGACCGAACCACUCAGGAGUGUAAUUCAUCUAAAAUACGGAUCAGGAGGAAAAUUCUGGACUAACCACAAAAUAUAUGCAAUUUGAUCAGACUGCAUGCUACAAUUCCAUUAGGUGUAUUUUUGUAACAGAACUGGGAUUGCACUGAGUCUUUUUUCCAGCUGAGGAUGGGAAAAGACGCUGGGCCGGAGGAGAGACCCAAGUGGGACAACAAGGCUCAGUAUCUGCUGACAUGUAUUGGCUUUGCAGUGGGAAUUGGAAAUGUGUGGCGAUUCCCUUACCUCUGCCAAAUCUACGGAGGAGGUGCAUUCCUCAUCCCUUACCUGAUAGCGCUGGUGUUUGAGGGCCUCCCCCUACUCUUCCUUGAGCUGGCUGUAGGACAGAGGCUCCGGAAGGGCAGCGUGGGUGUCUGGAAGACCAUCAAUCCCGUAAUCGGUGGAGUAGGCAUUGGCUGUUUGAUUGUAUCGUUUCUGGUGGGCGUUUUCUACAACACCAUUCUGGCCUGGGUGCUGUGGUACUUCUUCCACUCCUUUCAGGAACCCCUGCCGUGGAGCACCUGCCCACUAAAUGAAAGCCGCACAGACUACAAUUUGGAGUGUAAGAAAAGCACUCCAGUAAAUUACUUCUGGUACCGUGAAACCCUCAACAUCACACCUGACAUCGAGAUCAGCGGCUCCGUGGAGUGGGGGAUGGUGAUCUGUCUAGCCAGCGCCUGGUGCAUCGUCUACAUCUGCUUCAUCAAAGGCAUCGACUCCAUGGGAAAGGCUGUGUAUGUGACAUCUACCUUCCCUUACCUGGUGCUGACUAUUUUCCUGAUCCGUGCCCUCACUCUGCCUGGAGCUACUGAUGGACUGUUGUACCUCUUCACCCCUGACUGGCAAACCCUGAAGAACCCACGGGUGUGGUUGGACGCCGCCACGCAGAUCUUCUUCUCUCUUUCUGUGGCGUUUGGAGGUCUCAUAUCUUUCUCCAGUUACAAUGAAGAGAAAAACAACUGCGAGAGAGACGCUGUUCUGGUGGGAGUAAUAAACAGCGCCACAUCUCUCUACGCCUCCAUUCCAGUUUUCUCCAUCCUGGGGUUUAAAGCCACCACCGCCUUAAACGCCUGUAAAGACGAGAACAUCCUGGCUCUGACCAAUCACUUUGAGUUCUCAGACCAGAACAUAACCCUGCAGAACUACGAUUACUGGUAUGAAUAUCUAAAUACGACAUAUCCCGGGAAAUUCCAGAGUCUGUCCCUGAGGGAGUGUGAUCUACAAAAAUUACUUAAGCAGAGUGUUUCAGGUACUGGCCUGGCUUUUAUCGUGUUCACUGAAGCGGUGAUAUCAAUGCCGGGCUCGCAGGUAUGGGCCGUACUGUUCUUUGUCAUGCUCUUUAGUUUAGGUCUCUCCUCCAUGUUUGGUAACAUAGAGGGUGUCCUCUCGCCCCUCAAUGAACUCAAACUAUUGCCCAGGUGGAUCCCCAAGGAACUCACAUCAGCAAUCAUCUGUUUGAUAUCCUUCUUGGUGGCACUCCUCUUCACCUUGAGCUCAGGCAACUACUGGGUGGAGGUGUUUAAUGGUUACGUGGGAUCCGUACCUCUGCUCAUCAUUGCUUUAUUUGAGAUUAUUGGAGUUAUUUACUUCCGUGGAAUGAAAACUUUCAGUGACGACAUCUAUAUCAUGACUGGGAAGAGGCCAAACAUCUUUUGGAAGGCGUGCUGGAUGGUGAUCAGUCCUUUACUACUCCUGGUGGUGUUUGUUGCCUAUGUGAUUGUCCAGGCACAGACACGUCCCACCUAUCAAGCAUGGAACCCAGAUUAUGAAAAAUUCCCUGAAACCGAACAGAAGCUUUAUCCAGACUGGGUCUUUGCCAUAAUCAUCCUCCUCUGUGUGGUGCCUGUGAUUUCCAUUCCUCUGGUGGCUCUCUACCAGCUGCUUCGUGGCAGAUUCAGAAAGUCCUCGGUUGGGAUGGAGUUAAAUCCCUACGACAACGAUGCCUUCGUGACUGACACACAGGAACAGAAGACUCAAAGGGCUUAAGGACUGUGGAGAGUAAAUAUGCUGCCACACCGCAAAAAUCCAGAUGUUUAUCACUGCUUUUCAUCAAAAUUCACUAGAAUUUCAUACAGAUUCUGAUGUUUACUUGACAUAUGAAACCUUACAUUACUUCUCUUGAAAAUAAAACAGGAUUUAUUUAACAGUGA